AUGGAUAGCGACGCAGCCUCGGUGGUUCAGGUUCCAGGUGAGCAGAUUGCCGAGGCUCCGGAAGAGGAGGUUCCGUUCACGAUGGAUGCCGCCGGGGAGACUGAUGCCAGAGUUGCUGAGGCCUUAAGCGAGCAGGCUGCUGAGGCUGCGGAAGAGGAGCUUCUGUUCACCUUGGACGCCAUCGGGGAUACCGAUGCCAGCGUUGAGGCCCCAGCCGAGCAGGUGGCCGAGGCAGCCGGCGAGGCGGAGGCAGCCGAGGUGUCAACCGCGCUGUGCACGCAGUGUGGCCUGGUGGGCCAUGAAGAGUCCGCCUGCCCGUUCGCGCACCCGGAGGAUAUCGAUUUGGGCGACCUGGAGGAGUCCGACUCUGACGAUGAGCUGGCAGAGCUGUACCCAUUGUUUAGUCGCUAUGUGCAGCAACACGUGGGUGCUCUCACACCCAAGGACCGCAAGGGCCUCACGGGCGGCGGCCGCUACUUUGGGCAGGAGAAGCAGCAGGCCUGCUGGGCUUGCGCAGAGGUUGGCCACGAUGCCACUGCAUGCCCGGACAAGGGCUGCUUCUUCUGCUCCAAGAAGGGCCACGAGAGCCGUGAGUGUCCGCAGAGGGCUUUGAGAUGCAGCCACUGCCAGCUGCGGGGCCACGCUCCAGUGGAGUGCCCGAGCCUGGCGGCGCAGCGCUUGGCGGACUUCUCCCAUGUGCGCUGCAUGCGCUGCGGCAGCAUGGGGCAUCCCAAUUGCGGCGCUGGCGUCAUGCCUCCAGCAAUGUCGGUGCAGGUCAACAUGCGGCAGGAGGCGGACAAGCAGCAGAUGCUGCAGCAGAUUGCGGCAGGCCGAGCUCGGGAGCGGGCUUGGGACACUGCGCCCUGGCGGUCUUCUAAGAGGCCCGCCGAGCUGCCUGGCUCCAGGGUGGUCCAGACUUUGGCUGCCUUGGAAAGCAUGGCGCUUGCAAGCCGGGCGAACACGCCCGCCCCGAGUUGGGCGGACAUCACCCUCGCCGAGUUCGGUGGGGACAUCUUCCAGGAGGAGGAGGAGGUGAAGGAGGUGAAGGAGAUGGAGGAGAAGCAGGAGAAGGAGGAGCAAGAGGAUACGGAGAAGUCAAUCCAGCAAUCAAAGCUGGCUGAGGUGGGCAAAAAGAAGCGGAAGGGCUACGAAGAGCGCCGGCUCCACCGGGGCGAGUGGCAGGCGCAGCUGCAGUGUGCAGAACAGGAGGUGAAGCAGCAGGAGAAAACAAGGCAGCUGGCAAAGCCGGCCGAGGCAGCGGCGGGUUUUGCCAGCCACGUUCUGCUGUGUCGGCUGGUUCCUGUGAUAUGGCAGCCGACGCGUUGGUGCUUCUCGUGCCAGCAGGCACCGUGCCGGCACCACAAAAGCGGGUCCUGCACUCGCCGCCAGUGCAGGUUUUGCCACUGCCGAGAGGGUUCGCCUACAGUAAUGCUCUUUUACGCAGGGAGCGCGGCUGAAGGCCAGUAGAGGCAGACAUGACCUGCGAGUUUAAGCAAGCGAUGCAAUUUUUGCUGUUUGUGGUGAUGUAACAUAGCUUCAGGUUGGGAGAACCGCCAGGCUGAUUCCUAUCCGAGGUUGCAACCUUGAGUCUGGGCAGCUCAGCUUUGCAAGAUGAUAAUGGCGUCAUAUCUUCACGACCUUGUCAUUUGGUUCUCCCGCUGCAUCGGAACAAAGCCAUGGCUGAAACAGAAAAUGAGUGUG